AGCGCGCACACACUCCGACCGUUACGCACCGACGCGCGGGUUUGUUUGCUUCUUUACGCACGGGACUAAUCAAAAGAUGAUCAAGAAGAUGUCUCCGUCAGAGAGCGACUUCGACAUCCCUGCCAAGAACUGUUACAGGAUGGUGAUCCUGGGCUCCACCAAGGUGGGCAAAACCGCCAUCGUGUCCCGGUUCCUGAACGGCCGGUUCGAGGAGCAGUACACCCCCACCAUCGAGGACUUCCACAGGAAACUGUACAGCAUCAAGGGGGACGUGUACCAGCUGGACAUCCUGGACACCUCAGGGAACCAUCCGUUCCCCGCCAUGAGGAGACUCUCCAUCCUCACAGGAGACGUCUUCAUCUUGGUCUUCAGCCUGGACAACCGGGAGUCCUUCCAGGAGGUGCAGCGGCUCAAGCGGCAGAUCUACGAGACCAAGUCGUGCCUGAAGAACAAGAUGAAGGAGAACAUCGAUGUUCCUCUGGUGGUCUGCGGCAACAAGGGGGACAGGGACUUCCACCGGGAGGUGCAGCAGGAGGAGAUCGAGCAGCUCGUGGCGGGCGACGACAAGUGCGCGUACUUCGAGAUCUCCGCGAAGCGCAACGAGAACGUGGACAAGAUGUUUCAGACGCUGUUCUCUCUGGCCAAGCUGCCGCACGAGAUGAGCCCGGACCUGCACCGGAAGGUGUCCGUGCAGUACUGCGACCUGCUGCACCGGAAGUCCCUGAAGAGCAAGAAGCUGAAGAACAUCGGCGAGGCGUACGGCGUGGUGACCCCGUGCGCGCGCAGACCCAGCGUGCACAGCGACCUCCUGUACAUUAAGGAGAAGGCCAUCGGCGCGGGGCAGGGCAAAGACAAGGAGCGCUGCGUGGUCAGCUAGGAGCGCGCGGGGGCUGCCGGGAAAACCAAGUGUUGCUUCAAGGAGGCUGCGGCCGUUGGAGAGGCGCGCGCUCAGCGCUGCACGCGCAGCUGGGACGUUUGGAUGCGCCCCGGGGGGUGCCGCGCGCCGUUGCUAUGGACACGCGACGCGUUCCAGAAGCUGUUCUGUCAGUCAGAGUCACGUGGCUUCUGUGAGACUCGCGCGCAUCCCUUAUCUACAGACUCAGGAGAUGUUUACAUGUGUAAACUAUGAA